AUGUUCGAUACGGCAUCGAACAGGUCGGAUGGGAGGCGGCCAGCACAUGGAGACAUGUCCUCUCUAUCUGCGCGGAGCCGGACGGCCAUCAACUACACUCGUACUUCUGGUCUUCGAAGGACUUCGAGGAAAGGAUUAAGUGAUUUAGUGUAUCUGGCGUUCUGGAAAAACUUGGUUUUCUCACUUGGACAUGAAACUUCGAACGGGCGUGGCGGUCCCAACGCCAUGGCGCUCAGAAUCGCAAAAAAAAUCCCCCACGAGAACCUCGGGAAGCGAGAGAACGAUAAACGGAAGGUGGCCGUUAGGGCGGAGGGACCCGCUGAGUUGUGUGCGGAGUUGGAGAUGCCUAGAACUUCAUGUGGGAUGGCCGUUGCACACAGUGAAGAGUCGAUCGAUCGAGAGAUAAUGGCUACAAUGGUGUAA